CCGGGGUUCAGUCUGUCCGUUAAGCUGCUUUUGACCACUGCUGCUGUAACUGAGUCUGCUAAUUGAAGCAUGCAGCACAUGGCAUCAUCUGAAGCCCUUAGCUCCGCCUCUGGUGUGUUAGGCGACGCCCAUCGCAGAAACCCCGCCUUAGCAGGGGGCGUGGCACACGUCAGCCACUCCUACUCCAUGUUCCUGCCCUCACAGGUGCAGAGAGCUUCUGCAAACGGCAAGUCAGAUCACAGGCUGGUGGUGGAGCCUCCUUCAUCUGACAGCUCACCAGACACUGAAGGAGUCACACCGGAACUGGAAAAGGCCGGUCUGCUCAACAAAACCAAGAUAGCAGAAGGAGGCAGGAAACUGAGGAAAAACUGGAACCUGUCAUGGGUGGUGCUGGUGGGAAACAGUCUCGUCUUCUUCAAAGACCCCAAAAGCCAGAAUCCUGACAGCUGGAAACCGGGUAACAGUCGUCCAGAGAGCAGCGUGGAUCUGAGAGGAGCUCAGCUUCAGUGGGCCAACGAUCUGUCCAGCAGAAAAAACGUCUUUAAGCUGAGGACGGUUACGGGAAAUGAGUUUUUGUUGCAGUCAGAAACAGAAUCACUCAUCAGAGAAUGGUACAGAACCAUCCAGAACGUCAUCGACAGACUGGAUAAGGAGAAUCCUCUAGAUAAUGUGCUGCUGUAUUCUCUGAGGAGAGCCGGAUCUGUGGAGAUGCUGGAUCAGAGCGGAGACGAGGACGAGAAUCGCGGUGGAAAUAAGGCUUCGUUGCCUCGCUCCACGUCUAACCCGGAGAGCUCGGAGCACAAGCGUGUGAAGAGCCGCUUGAAGAAGCUGAUUCUCCGGAGGCCUCCGCUGCAGACGCUGCAGGAGAAAGGACUCAUUAAAGAUCAGGUGUUCGGCUGCGGGCUGGAGCUGCUGUGUGAGCGAGAGAAAAGCAGCGUCCCUCAGUUCGUCAGGAAAUGCACCGAUGCUGUGGAGAGGAGAGGUUUGGAGACUGAUGGGAUUUACAGAGUCAGCGGGAAUCUGGCUGUCAUUCAGAAACUGCGCUUCGCUGUCAAUCAUGAGCGUCUGGAUCUGGACGACCCACAGUGGGACGACAUUCACGUCAUCACCGGAGCGCUCAAGCUGUUCUUCAGAGAGCUGCCCGAGCCGCUCGUGCCGUACGGAUUCUUCCAUGACGUCGUCGAGACCGUCAAGCUAUCUGAUUACCUGGAUAAGGUGGACAGACUGAAGCUGCUGGUCCUCAGCAUGCCUCCACACAACCAGCACACCUUACAACACGUGAUCCAACACCUCAGACGGGUGAUGGAGCGCUCCGACAGCAACCGCAUGACCACGCAGAACAUCGGCAUCGUGUUCGGCCCCACGCUGAUGCGCCCCGAGAACGAGAGCGGAAACAUGGCCAUUAACAUGGUGUAUCAGAACCAGGCCGUGGAGCUGCUGCUGAGCGAAUACCAGCAGAUCUUCAGAUCCUACUGAACACAAUCCCAGACUGCACUGGGACACGAGGACGAGUCUGGAGACAGAUGGACUCAGAUCUGCAUCAUUACUCCACAAACUCACCGGAGAACACGACCGGGUCACAUUUCAGCUCAGAUGUCAGAAAUAAUAAUAGUAAUAAAAAGAAAUUAUAUUUUGCAUAAAGAAAAUUCAUUUUUAGGAUCAUUAAGAUAACAUAGCAAUAUUAUUUUAUUGUUAAUUAAACACAUUUUCACCAUAAAUUCUCAAAGCAUCCAGAUUUUUUUUG